GUUGUUGUUUCUGGGGCAUAAGAAGUAUCUAGCUAGUUAGAACAGUCGGCUAUUUAAGAAUAUAUUUAAUUUAGGUCCGUUGAUAUAAUUGAAUCGAAAAUUACUGUUCGUUGUGCUCAUUAUAUGAUAGCGUUGGUUACGUGAAGAGUCGGUGGGAAAGAUCGGUGUGGAAUUUUCACUUGUAUUUGUUUUUAUUCCGUUUUCCCAAAGAUGGACAGUCAGUACCAGCGCUCUGUACCACUGGAGGUGAGGAGGGCAGAGGGUGAGAGGGUGCGAGCUAAGCAUCCCGACAAGAUACCGAUCAUCGUGGAGAGGGCUGCCAGGUCGAGAGCUCCUGACUUGGACAAGAAGAAGUACCUCGUGCCCUCUGACCUCACAGUGGGUCAACUGUGCUUCCUGAUCCGACAGCGUGUGUCUAUGAGACCUGAGGAAGCUCUCUUCUUUUUCGUCAACAACUCCCUUCCCCCAUCCAGUUCUCCUCUCUCUGCUGUCUAUGAGGAGCACCAUGAAGAGGAUCUGUUCCUAUACAUGACCUACAGUAAUGAGAGCGUCUACGGUGCCUGAGAAGGGACAAAAAGGAGGAAAGCGAGAGAGAGAGAGAGAGACAGGAGAUGAAGAGAGGAUAUGGGAGAGAGCUCUUUGUAACGUUUCACCACUAUUAUUCUUUAUUAAGUGUUUAGGAGAUGGCUGUGGGGAGGAGAGUUGGUGGGGAGGGUUUGUAUAAGUUUUGUCAGUAUUUUUGGGGUGAUCAUGGUAAGGCAUUCUGAAUUUGAAAAAUAAGGGGGGAAUUGGAAAGAGGGGGAGUGAAAAAGAGAUUUGAGUUCAGAUGUGAAAGAAGAGUGUUAAGGAGAAAGCUCUUGAUUUCCACCUUUCUUUCUCAGCCAGUCAUCUGUAUUUAAUGCAAAUAUUAUUAUUUUUUGUAAAUUAAUAUCAUGGAGUGUUUGUGGAAAAUAAAAUCCAAAAUGCAUGGUUUUCUA